AUGGAGGCGCAAAAUGUUGGUCAAGAUGGAGGCGCUAAUGAGCAAAAUGCUGAUCAACAUGGAGGCGGUAAUGAGCAAACUUCUGAUGAACAUGGAGGCAGUAAUGAGCAAAAUGUUGGUCAAGAUGGAGGCGCUAAUGAGCAAAAUGCUGAUCAACAUGGAGGCGGUAAUGAGCAAACUUCUGAUGAACAUGGAGGCAGUAAUGAGCAAAAUGUUGGUCAAGAUGGAGGCGCUAAUGAGCAAAAUGCUGAUCAACAUGGAGGCGGUAAUGAGCAAACUUCUGAUGAACAUGGAGGCAGUAAUGAGCAAAAUGUUGGUCAAGAUGGAGGCGGUAAUGAGCAAACUGCUGAUGAUCAUGGAGGCAGUAAUGAGUAA